AUGACGGCCAUGACAUCCGUCGGUGCAGCCACUGCGGCAGAUUAUGCCAGCCUGCGCAUGGUUCAGCUGCGCCAGGCUUGCCGCAAUGCCAGGCUGCCGGUCUCUGGAAAGAAGGAAGAGUUGGCACGACGAUUACAGGUCGAUUGCCAGGAAGACAGGCAAGCGGUGCUGGCGCGCAGGCAGACCUAUCAGGCCUCUCCCCAUCGCAAGGUCGAGAGGUCUCGAAGCCCGAAGCCCUCGGCUCGCAGGGCAAGGGAUCGGACAUCGAAAAGCAAGCAGGUGAGAAGCAGAGGCACGUGCCUCAGUACCGAAGACUUCCAAAAGCUCUGGUGGGCUGUCAAGGAUGGCUGCCUAACCUGCAGCAGCUGCAGCAGCGCAAGUGCAAUAUGCUGCUGCGAGGGUCGCUUCGGGCUUUUCGUUCUCUGCCGAAGUGGCAGAGGUGGCUGCGGUCAGCGGGAGACCUUAGUUCGGGCCAUCCAGCGGCUGCCAGAAGGCCAUGUGCCGGUGCUGACAGUGGAGCUCGAGGACUUCCAACACUUCCGGCUCCAUGCAAGCGGUGCAAGAGAUGUCUCUUUGCUCCAGAGUCUUGCAUCUGAGCUGGGGAUGGAACCAGGUCCUCCGCGUUUGGACUGGUCAGAUCCAUCGAUUCUUUUCUUCGAGACCGGCCCGCCUCCAGCGGGCGCUGGCCGGGUUGGAUAUGUGUUUCCGCUGACCGAGCGCAAUGACAUCCUGCAACGCCUGGAAGCUGUGGCUGAGCGGGUUGGCGCGGAGACCCCAACUCUGGACAGAAUCAGGAUGGACGUGGCGUUGCCUGAGGUGGCUGUCACCCGCAAAUAUGGUCAACACGAUGUUGCUGUCGGCUCGCUCAUUGAAGGGGCGCUUUUGCGUGCCCCGGUGCUGACCCAUCUCAGGGACUUCCAAUGGCAGGGCGUGCGUCGAGCUUUGGAGCUCAAAGGGCGUUGCCUCUUCGCUGACGAAAUGGGCUGUGGCAAAACCCCUCAGGCAUUGGCGGUCCUGGCGGCGUACAACACUUGGCCAGCUUUGGUGGUUUGCCCGGCAUGCUUGCGGUUGACAUGGGCCGAGGAAAUCGAGAAGUGGCUGCCCGGUCUUUUGCAGCCACGGCAUAUCCACAUCAUUUACAGCUCGAACGACAUGUUGGGUCCGGAGUCAACAAGCGAGGUGUGUGUGUGCAUCGUUUCCUACACCAUGGCCCGCCUCCUGUUCCAAAAUCUGAAACGGCGCUCGUGGAGAGUAGCUGUGGUGGACGAGUCGCACAACUUGCGGAGCAGAGGGUCCAGCACCUCGGCGGCCACAUCGGCAAUUCUGGAAUUGCUGCGGCCACUGGAUCGACUGUUGCUGCUUUCUGGCACCCCCUCCCGGUCCAGCUACUUAGACAUCUUUACGCAAGCCGACCUGUUGUGCCCUGGUUUGCUCGGAGACUUUGAAAUGUUUGCCAAAAAUUACGACGAGCCGGGACUCUCGAAGAUUGGAUACCUGGAGCGAGGAAAGCGUUGCCGUAAGCCCUGGCAGCUGGGUUUGCUGAUGGUGGAGAAAUUAAUGGUACGGCGACGGAAAAGGGAGGUCUUGGAGGAUUUGCCUCCCAAGCACCGGCGCCUGAUGCGCUUGGCUUUGUCGAAAGAGCAGCUCGGCCAUCUUUCUGAGGCGGAGCUUGAAGCCAAGACUUUGCAAGAACGCUGCGGGCUGUGGAAGUUCCUGGCCUCCCAGUCUUGGCUUCGUGAGAAGCUGGAAACGUGCGUUCUGAUGAAACAAAAAGCUGUCCUUUUCGCCCACCAUCUGCGGGUACUCGACCGGAUCUGCAGCCUCGCCCAAGGCAUAGGCUGCAGCUUCUUCCGCAUCGACGGCUCCACCCCGGCGGUGACGCGCUCGGCACUCCUGUCUCGGUUUCAGACGGAGACAGACACGUCUCCUCUUUUGGCGGUGAUCGGGAUCACGGCGUGCGCGGUGGGCGUGGACUUGUCGUCUGCCAGCUUCUGCGUCUUCGUGGAGCUGCCGCCAGAUGCAGCCUGGCUCUGCCAAGCUGAGGAUCGGCUGCACCGCCGUGGCCAACGACAGGCGGUGGACGUGCUGAUGCUGUGCGCUGACCGCGAGGAAGAAUCUCCCAAGCGAGCCAAGCGCAGUGAGGCGAGCGCUCGGAAAGCCAAAGUCAAUGCCUGGGAAGGCGACAUGGCCCAGUGCUGUCAGGCGGAUCGCCAGCGAUGGCUCGGGCUCUCGGAGCGGCUCCGUGAAGUGGCUGCUCUCCAUGACGGCCCUGCAAUGAUGCUGGGCUCUGCUGAGCCUUUAUCUAUGGCUGCGCUCGCCGCUGAUGCAGCAGACAGCGGCGAAAGCAACAGUCUUCAAUUCGCUUUCGAGAUGUCGCCUCACACGCUGCGGCUGCACCCCUUCCGUCGCGACACAAGCCGGCCCUUGGCGAUGAGUUUGGGACCGGAAGAGACAGAGGAAGAGCUCGGCGAGCUCGCUCUUGGAGAGUCAGAGCAGCAGCAUCUGUUGCAGCAAGCGCGGGAUUUUCAGAAAGCUUGGAAGUCUUUGACCCCUCUCCAGCAGAAGAUGGCACGGGGCAGGCCAUAUCGUGCAGAGGACUUGCAGGCCGAGCGCUUCCAAGUGAGGCCGAUUGCCGCACCAUCCACCUGCCGUUUCCUUCGUCCACACCCAGUCAGAGAAGAGGAGCAGUGUGAGGUCUUUGUGCACUACGAGACAGGCCGUUUCAGUGGACAGACGGUUCGCUUCCUGCAACCGGUAGAGGACCCGCAGCGGCCUCCGCCUCUUUUGCUGUGCCUGGAGUGCCGUCGGGCGCUCCCAAAAGCCUUGGAGCUUGCCGAAGCCUGGAACUGGGAGCCUGGAGCUGGUUUACGUGUGCACAGGAAGAGCGAGAGUGGCGAAGGUGAGAUGUUCUGUACCGGGCCAUGUCGAGCCUUGUAUUUCGGAAAGAGGAGUGGCACGAGCCUGCGGCGCCAGCUUUUCGAGUUGGAGCGCGGCGUUUGCCAGCGCUGUGGCCUGGACUGCCACGGCUUAUGGCAGAACUUGAGAAGCUCCAGCAAAGGCAGUUGGCCCGAAAACCUUCGAAGGAUGGCAGCGGAGAGCAAAUCAGCACAGUCAGCGGCGUUGCACACAUUGCUUUCGUACUUAACGCGCUUUGACACCGAGUCACAAGACGAUUUCAACCUCACGGAGGGAUCUUUGUGGCAGGCCGAUCACAUCUUGCCUGUUUGGCAAGGAGGUGGCACGUGUGGCCUCGAGAAUUUGCAGACUCUUUGCGCCUCUUGCCAUAGCUUGAAGACCAGCGAAGAGACCAAGCAGCGAGCGUUGAGGGCUCGGGCCCUCACGGCAUCGCCAUGGCCUGCCGGACGGCUCCGCUUCGGAAGUUGUUCGGGGUUCUUCGCAAAGGAUUCACCAGAGCUGACGCCAAAAUCAGUUACUUCAGCUCUGUUGGGCAGCUGCGGAGCGCACACAUCGCAGCCUCCUGAGGUUUGUUCGAAGUCCGUGUCUUGUUUUGGACGAUUCAUCAGUCGUUGCAGCAAGUUUUCUUCUUCGCAUGGUCACAUGUACACAGUGCAUGUCCCCAACAGGUUGGGAACGGGGUUCUGA